AUGGCCAAGGAAGAGGAUGACGAUAAUUUGCCUGAUAAAGACGCAGCGAAGGAAUUCUAUGCAAAAUAUGAACCUAAAGAAAUAAUUGGCAGAGGUAUAAGUUCUACAGUCAGAAGAUGUGUGGAGAAGGAGACGGGCAAGGAGUACGCCGUGAAGAUCAUAGACCUGAGUCAGGAGUCCCAGGAUGGGGUGGACACACACACUAUGAGAGACGCCACGCGCCAGGAGGUCAACAUACUGAGGAUGGUGGCCGGGCAUCCUUAUAUUAUUGAACUCCAAGAUGUGUUUGAAUCGGAGACAUUUAUAUUUCUGGUGUUUGAGUUGUGCAAGAACGGAGAGUUGUUUGACUACCUCACAUCAGUCGUUACAUUGUCGGAGAAGAAAACAAGAUACAUCAUGAGACAGGUGCUGGAAGGUGUCCGUUCCAUCCACAGUCAUGGCAUCGUCCACAGAGACCUCAAACCGGAGAACAUACUACUCGACGACCAGCUCAAUGUAAAGAUUACUGACUUUGGAUUUGCUAGGAUGCUGCAGAGAGGGGAGAAACUAUUUGAGCUAUGCGGUACUCCCGGUUACCUUGCUCCUGAAACAUUGAAGGCCAAUAUGUUUGAAGACGCCCCGGGAUAUGGGAUGGAGGUUGAUAUAUGGGCCUGUGGUGUUAUAAUGUUCACUUUACUGGUGGGUUGUCCACCGUUCUGGCAUCGGAAGCAGAUGGUGAUGUUAAGGAACAUUAUGGAGGGGAGAUACUCCUUCACCAGCCCCGAGUGGGCUGAUAUAUCAGAGGAUCCAAAGGAUUUAAUUCGCCGCCUGCUGGUCGUUGACCCCGCUCAGAGGAUCGGUUUAGAGGAUGCUUUAACACACCAGUUCUUCCACACUAAACUUUGGGACCAGGACAUGACCCCACUGAAGAGGUCCUUGUCAGGUACCAGCAGGAAAAUGUCCAGGAUCGACCAGAUAGCCAUGUCGUUGAAGUCAGGCGCGUGCACGCCUCGUUCUCGUCUCCGUGUCACGCUGCUCGUAGUGCUGUCAGCUGUUCGUCUGAGACGUCUGCCGCACGCUGCUGCUCGCUCACUGCCGCUGGCUGACGCUGAGAGUGAUCCCUAUAGCGUCAGGCUGCUCAGAAAGGUAAUAGACGGGUGCGCGUUCCGUGUGUACGGUCACUGGGUGAAGAAAGGCGAGGGUCAGAACAGAGCGGCCUUGUUCGAGAACACGCCGCGGACGGAACUGAAGAGUCUGUACGUUAGCAACCUGAGUCGAUGA